AAACCAACCCUUCAUCCCUUAAAUCUCUACACUCUCUUAAACUCACUCUUUAUAAUUUCUCCAUCUUUUAUUUUCUUCAACAACAUGGCUAACGUUCCAGUCAACCCUAUUCUCCUUCUUCGGAAGCGGUCUUGUGCGGUUGUAGCGGAAAGUUUAAGGUUGCAGACGGCGGCAACAACGGUGGUGAAGUCGAAUGAGAGUGAGUCAGCAUCAGCCAAUGCUUCUUCAGCUUCAAAAAAAGAUGAAAUCUUUUGGAUGAGAGAUCCUAAGACUGGAAACUGGAUGCCAGAGAAUCGCUUUGGUGAGGUUGAUUCUGCGGACCUGAGGGAGAAGUUUUUGCCAAAGAAACAAAACCUUUGAAACAUCUUAGGAUAUAUGUGGAAACGUGUUUGGUCAAAAGAAGCUAGAGAACCUUGCUUUAGGUAGGAAUACAAUAAUCUCGUUUCAGAACCCUUGAUCAAACAGAUAUAUUUUAUGGGACAGAAUAUUUUACUCUUU